GGAUUGGUUAUAAUUCAACAUGUAGAAUAAUUCAUACUAAUUUUAUUUUGACUUUUAAAAAGUAGAGGAUUUUUACCAAAAAAAAAAAAGCGCUAUAUAAUUUAAAGGAAAAAAACUCCCCAUUUUCUCGAACGGCUCUCUGACUCCGGUCAUUCGUCAAUCUCUUCAUCUCCCAGGCCCGGUUCUGGCCAUUUCGAUCCAACUUCGUUAAAGACUCCAGCUUGACGAAGCAACCUGAACAAGUGAGAAGGGGAAGGGGAAGAUAAGGAACUCAAAGAUUCCAGCUUGAUGAAGCAACCUGAAUGCAACAAGGGAGAAGGGGAAGGGGAAGGGGAAGAUAAGGAACUCGAAGGUGUGAGUGUCUGAGAUGGAUCGACAUGGGUAUUUUCAAUUUUCUCCUGGGCAUUUUCAUGUAUUUGUUGGAUUUUUAGAGGCUCAUAUCUACAUAUCCAUAUAUGCAUUGCAUGUGGAUGUAAGGGAUACUUUAAGAAAUAUGAAGGAGGAUGAUAUCAGCCAAGACUCCGAUUGUUUCUCCAGUUUAUCCAAUUCUAAACCGUGGCAUUUUGUACGCUUGGAGAAGACAUGUCAGCGUAAUGAGCAGGUAGCUUUGUUGUUAAAGGUGCUUCAAUGUGAUAAGUCUGUAAUCCCAUCUAUAUAUGAAUUCCGUAGCCUCUUGUCUUUUCAUGCUUACUUGACGUUGGAUGAGGCUGAGAACUUAAGUGAAUUAGAAGAAGUCGAGGAAAUUGGUUUGCCUUCAAUGUCGGUGCUUGCUAGGAAAGCAAAACGAAUCAGGUCUUUAACUUCCGAUGGUCUACUAAAAGCAAAGAAACAAAAGACUAGUAUGGGCAGCAUUCUCUCGCAGCGGAGACAAAACAAAGAGAAAUGGAGGUACAAUGAAGAUUUUGAGCCAGAGCCAGAGUCUGACAUUAAGGAUUUAGAGGAGGAAGACUUGUCAGAUUUUGAGCCAGAGCCAGAGUCUGACAUUAAGGAUUUAGAGGAGGAAGACUUGUCAGAGGAUGAUUUGCUCGAUGAUUAUGGUUCGUCCUGCAGAUACGAGGGUUAUCAUGGGUUUGCAUCUGGGAAAAGGUGGUAUGAAGUAAGCUUGGUAGAUGACAAAAACCAGGAUUAUCAUAAAGCUUUGCUGCUAGAUGUGCUUAAAUGGGAUUCAUGUAAAAGCAUCUAUUGGUAUAAGGCUAAUCAUCUGUUUGAAGCCCGCAUGAGUGAGGAAGAGGCUGAUAAAGUUGCUGAUUAGGAAUGAGAAACUGUCAUCCCAUUCAAUCGAAUUGGGAUGCCCUGGAUCUGACAUGUCUCUUGGGAAGAUUAACAUGAAGCUCAGAAUUAUGGGAGUAUUGAUUCAAUACUCCCAAAUAAAAAGGGAAUCGGUCUAUGGUCGAGUCAGUAAAAAUAGAAAACUAGGAAUUUUGAGUAGUGUUUUUUUUGUCGAAAAAUUUCAAUACAUGUUAGACAUGUCUGAUACCAAGUCAGAAUAACAUCUAUCUGUUUCUUGACAUUUAAUCUUUUGUUUACUGUAUUCGCUUUUUUUUUUUUUAAGGGUUGGAAGAAGUUGAGUACGUGGAGCCACGUCGGUACAUCAUGGAACUCAAUUAGGUGACGUUUCAUUUGAAAAAUUAAUGAACUUCGUCUCUAUUUCUGGUCUUUCGAUCUUAUUUACUAAUCCGGUCUGAAAAAAGCCAAAUUAAUGCUUGGUUCCUAUUAAUUUUUAGGUUAAAAUUAAAGUUUUUUUUUUUUUUAAAUUGAUGCUACAAUAUGUUCUCAUAUAUUACCCACUGAGUUGAUUAAAGAAUAUCAGUGGAAGUAUAUUAGUUUAUAAUUAUUUUUAAUUGUGAAACGGGUAUUUGGGCCAGUCGGGCAUGGUUGUAUGGGGAUUUCCACCAUCUCCUAUCAGGUUGUGAAAAA